AUGGAGGAGAAAUCAGAACUGGAAAAUGAACUGAUGCGCUCCACUUCUCCAAAACCGAGUGAACCGAAUGGAUCGAAAGGAAACGAGUGUGAACAACGCGAGACCAGAAUAACGAAAGAGAAUUUGUACAUGGUAUUAGCGCUUUGGAUGGAAGAGUUUCCGGUCGUGGAACAAACAAGCAGUGCCAAACGACUUAACAAAGUCGGUGUAGUGUUCGUAUUGCCAACCGAUCGUGUCUUGGCUGCCGACUGUAGUCGCGAUGGCGUCCACGGAGUCGCCCGUGUUAUGGUUAACCACUGUGGAAAGCUUGAAGGUUGUAAAGUGUUUGUAUCCCGGAAGCCUUGUUCCCUUUGUGCUAAACUCCUUGUACAGUCAAAAGUUUCUCGUGUGUUCUACCUACCAAUAGAACCAGAAUCAGAAAACGAAGGAGAAAUAGCAAGAGCGGAUAACCUCUUCAAAAACAGUUCCGUCGGUCAAUCCGUGUUCGUUCCUUGCGUUGAACAAAAGGUUUUGGCCAAAUUCGAGAACAAGUUACCGAAAGAAAUAACACCAGAUGACAUCAGCGAAUGUCGCGAUAACCUCUUGAAAAAAUGCGGGUGGAGCGCCGAGUGGUUUGCUCGCGCCCAGGCAAGUCUUCCUUGGCCAUGCUUUGAGGGCAAGAUGAAAUCUCAGGUUGACAACGAUUUCAAAUCCUUGAUAAAAUGGAUCGCCGUUGUCAAGGCCCCUAUGGACAAAGGUGUUGCUUUCCCAAAGGUUAAGCUUACGUCUGACUCUCGUGUCGUUCCUGAUUGCGAUGCUGACAACUUCCCAGACUCUAAAACAGCUUACCACAUGAUGAUUUUUGCGAAAAUGCUUGCUAGACAGACAGAUGACCCCAAGACUGGUGUAGGAGCUGUCAUUGUUAGAGGUCAAGUUCCAGAUAUCGUGUCUCUGGGUUGGAAUGGCUUCCCAUCCAAAGCUUUGUAUGGCGAGUUUCCAAGAGCUUCCGAUAACAACCGUGCGCUUCAAAAAAAGUUUCCCUAUGUUAUCCACGCCGAGCAAAACGCUCUGAUGGUAAGGAAUGUCAAGGAUUUGACAAACGGAAUCCUGUUUGUUACCAAGCCUCCAUGUGAUGAAUGUGCUCCAAUGAUCAAGCUUAGUGGCGUAAAAACCAUCGUAAUCGGCGAGAAAAUAGAGGAGAGUCGAGGCGGAGAACUGUCCUACAACCUGAUUAAAGAGUACAUUAAAGAAGGGAUCAUGACCUGCUAUCAGAUGGAGGCCACAAAAACAAAAGCAAAGCGUCUGGCUUCUGAUCCAGAAACAAGGAAAAGACUGAAAUCGAGCUGCUCGAAUUCAAAUGAUGUUUGA